AUGAAACAGUAUGAAACAACACGCGUGGCUAUCCAUCACUGCCACAAGUCCCUCGCCCACUUCGACUCGCCCAAGGUCAUCCCUCGCUUCUUGCCCGGGCGGAUCGGGCAGCUGUUUGUGAUGUAUAUGAUCUAUAUCCGGCCGCUGACAGAUCGCUGGGAGGCCGAUAAGUGGGAGCUAUAUGGGGAGAAGAUGGCGCCGCCGAGCGACUUUAUCUGGCAUAACGAGGCGGCAGGAGGAGUACCCUGGGAGAGCAGCCAGAUGUCCGCGGCCAUGGGGAGGUGGACGUCUUACUAUAUUGGCCGCCGGAUUAUGCUCCAUGAUUGGCGCCAUAUUGCCAUUGCCAUCAGCAAGAAGCAUGCCCGUGACCGAGGGGCCGGCCGGGCUGACUUCGAGGACGGCGAAGAUGAUGAUCAUGAUGAGUCGGAGCAGUAUGAGGCACCCGAUGACCUGGCCGCCUCUCAUACCGGACAGACGGCCGCCAACUAUGGCGUAACGAUUGAUAUACUUAAACGCUUAACGGCUGAGUCCCUAGAGAUCUUUGGGCAGGUAAGCUAUCGCUGGCAUAAAUUCCUCGGCUGUGAUACCAGCUCAUCAUCACCGCUAUCAUUGCCAUCGGGUAAGAAGGUCGAGCCUACCCCCACACAAGAUAGAGAGGCGAAGGAUGGUCAUUCCCCUAGAAAGCGGGCCAAGGUUACAUCUCUCGAGGCAUUACGGGCGGGCACGGUAGGGGUAAACGAGAAAGAGAAGCGAAAGAAGGAGGAGGAGGAGGAGGAAGAAGAAGAAGAAGAAGAGGAGGAGGAAGAUAUGAUUAUAUGGGCGCUACGGGCAGUACUACGUAACGAUACUGCCCGAUUUCGGUCACCUCAGCAAGAAGAGGCCGUGAGGCUAGCCACGGCUAAACAGAGCCCGCUCGUGGCAGUACUGCCAACAGGUGGCGGCAAGAGCUUGGUCUUUAUGGUCCCGGCCAUGCUAGCAAGUGCGGGUGUCACCAUCGUGGUAGCUCCCUAUGCCGAGCUUAAGAGGCAGCUCGUCCAGCGCUGUGUCGACGCCGGCCUGGAUUGUAAGCCCUGGCCUGAGGCACGGUCAUCUUGGCCCAGGGUCACGCUUGUGUCGGCCGAGGCGGCCAUCACCGAUGACUUCCUGCAGUGGGCGGCCGACUUGAGCGUCAAUGGAAGGCUAGACCGCGUGGUCAUCGACGAGUGCCACCUAACCUUCACGGCUGCCGAAACCUACCGCCCGAAGCUCCGGGGCCUCGUCCUCUUACGGAGCCUGGGUUGUCCCUUUGUCUUCCUUACCGGGACCCUGCCGCCUCUCCGGCAGCGUGACUUUGAGGAGGCCAUGCAGCUACAGAACCCGUUCUACAUACGGGCCUCGAGUCACCGGCUGAACGUACGAUAUGCCGUCCUUCGCGUCCGUAACGGGCGGGGCGUGAUGGAAGUGAAGAGACGGGUAGAGGCACGAUUACCAGACCUAUCCACAGGGGAGAAGGGCAUCAUAUACUGCACCAGCCAGGCGAAAUGCAAGGCCCUCGCCCGGCAGCUCGACUGCCACUACUACCACGCCUUGCGCGACGACAGCGACUCGCAGUUCAUCGCCCAGCGUGAGGAGGGUUUCCAGGCCUGGGUCCGAGGUGAGGCGCCUUACAUAGUGGCAACGGCGGCUCUAGGAACGGGCAUCGACGUCGCCGGCAUCAUCCACGUCAUCCACCUCGAGGCCCCCUUCAGCAUCAUCGACUACGCCCAGGAGGCCGGGCGGGCCGGGCGAACCGGAGAGCCUGUAACAGCUGAGGUCAUUAUCGAGGAUAAGGACUGGCCGGACGAGGACGCCGCGGGCGAGGCCUGUCUAGAUAUAAGCGUGCGGGAGGUACGCAGGCUGAUCCGGACCCGAGGGUGCCGGCGUCGACUGCUCGGCCAAUGCCUAGACGGCGACCUUCGGGACUGUAAGGACCUCGGCGGCGGCGAUGGUAACGAGGCUAAGGUCACAAGAUGCGACAACUGCCACCAUGCCGAGCUGGCGUGGAAGAGCGAGUUAUCGGCGCAAGGGAUUACUGCCUCGCAUGACCGAGGCAGGCAGGAUGCCCACGCCCUCGAAGCUCUCGAAUCUGCCUUGGAAGAGGUCGAGGGGCUCGGCAAGAUGGGCUGUCGUAUCUGCUGGAUGUUUAGUGGUGUCGAGGAGGCCAGGCAUACAUGGGGCGAGUGUCACUUGACGGCCGGGACAAAAGACCUAUCCUUUACCAGCUGUAUGGAAUUCCAGGGUCUGAUCAACUAUAAGAAGGACCGGCAGGCAAUAUUCCUAAGCUGCUUCUACUGCCAUGUAUCGCAGGAGCUCUGCCGAGACGGCUACAAGACAAAGGGGGCCUCGUGCUGGCGGUGGAAACAUAUAGUAAUCCCUGUGGCAUUGGCCGCGACUACUGAGGCAGACCUAUUACUGCGGAUACAAGAGGCGGCCGGACGAGAGUUUAAGAGCCGGCAAGACUAUGGGGACUGGCUAGGUCGAAAGCAUAAUAAGCUAUAA